GUGUGAGUGUGUGAAUGCGUGUGUGAGUGUCUGUGUGAGUGAGCCGCGAGCGAGCGAGUGUGGCCGCCGCGGAGCGCGAGCAGGACCGGCGGCGCGGCCCCAGCCUCUGUCGCCGCCAGCACCAUGUCGGGCAGGUCGGUUCGAGCCGAGACCAGGAGCCGGGCCAAAGAUGAUAUCAAGAGGGUCAUGGCGGCUAUCGAGAAAGUGCGCAAAUGGGAGAAGAAGUGGGUGACCGUGGGUGAUACGUCCCUACGAAUCUACAAGUGGGUCCCUGUGACGGAGCCCAAGGUUGACGAGGAAAGAGGACAGAGCGCCACACUCCUGGAAGGCACGUCUGGCUCCUGCCCACGGCUGCGCUUUGUACAUUAUCAGGUGCUGCGUAAACGCCGGAAAAACAAAAACAAGAAGAAGGGCAAGGACGAGAAGUGUGGCUCAGAGGUGACCACUCCAGAGAACAGCUCCUCCCCAGGGAUGAUGGACAUGCACGAUGACAACAGCAACCAGAGCUCCAUAGCAGACGCCUCCCCCAUCAAACAGGAGAACAGCAGCAACUCCAGCCCUGCUCCAGAGCCCAACUCGGCCGUGCCCGGUGAUGGUGCAGAAGCCAAGGUGGAUGAGACCCAGGCUGAUGGGAAGGAGCACCUCGGGGCUGAAGAUGCCUCUGACGAGCAGAACUCACAGUCUUCGAUGGAAAACUCCAACAGUUCAGAGAAAGUGGAAAGGCAGCCAUCUGGCGAUGCGGGUCUUGCCACAGACACAUCAGCCAUCUCUCAGGUACCUCGAUUGAGGCCACAGAGGGGCAGCCAGCCCGGCCCGGAGCCUGUUGGGGUGUUGGGGGAUUUGGAAGGAGUGCCACCCUCGAAAAAGAUGAAACUGGAGGCUUCCCAACAAAACUCCGAGGAGAUGUAGACAUUAGAUGAAACGCUGGGACCCACGCUCACGGAAGCUACGUCGGCAGGCUUAAUUCUAGAACCCCUGCACCCAAGCGGUUCCUCGUGGGUGCGAACAGAACUACUAACUCUUCAAGUUUACCAAGAGUAAAUCCCAGAAGACCUGGAACGGCGUCACUUCUCGGACACUGAAGAACUCUGCUGUGAAGCAAAACACUCGAACUUUUUGAGUUGCUGUCCUUGGGAAGGGGAGCCGACUGCUCAGGAGUGUCCGUCUGUCUGUCUGCACACUGUCUCCGAAGCCAAGACUCCAUUUGUGUUGCUGCUGUAUCCCACCCCCCCGCCCCCGCCGACCUCUCUAUUUAACGAUAUAAGCUGUUGGAGGGGGUGCUGGUCAGGAAGCCCCUUCUCGUCGGGGCUUUUCACUGUCCAGCCAGUUCUGUCUGCUUUCGUUUUUCGUGCCUUGUGCCCUUGAGGUGACCUCUGGCCUGUUUCCUGGUUGUUUUUGCAUCUCCUUUUGCAAAGUGCCCUCUUGGUUUUGUUGCAGUGAUGGCGGCGGCCACCGUUCUCACGUCUCUUACCCGCCUGCUUUAGGACUUCGAACGGAGCAGAGCAGGCAGAGAGGAGAGGAGACGGGGAAACUGAGGCUGGGGAGGAGCAGGAAGCUCCUGGCCUGCUCAUUUCCAAGUGCGAGGCCUUCGGUGAGCCCCGAGCCUGGGGUGGGGCAGCACCAGCCUCCAAGGCCCUGAAGGUUGCAGGUGUCAGGGCACAGUCCCCAAGGUCUGGCCUCCUCGGUGCAGGCUGGGCACAUGAGUUGCUCUCCCUUGCUUGGGGCAGUUGAGGUCGGGGUUUCCAAGCCCCUCUUUGGCCAGACUGACAUGCAGAGCCCCUAGAUUUUCUGGCACUUGGACCCUACGUCCCCCACCAUCACCACUUCCUCCCAGACCUCCGAAGAUGAGAUGGCUUCUCUGACUGGCUGCAAGAGUGUCUUCUUCCAGUGACCCCAGGCUGGGGACAGAGUGCAGGACUAGCUGGUGCUGAACUUUCUCAUAGGACAUUGUUUGGGUUUCAAACCCAGAGUAACCCGCUGCCCUCUGUUCCCCUUCACCCUGCCCUCCCCCUGGCAGGUGGCCGAAACGGCUCGCUUCUGCUUCUUGUUCCUGUUCCUCAGAGUGAACAAAGGGGUUGUUCCCAGAACGUGCUGAAGGACCUCCAGCAGGGAGUGGGCCUUGGUAGACAGGCCUCAAAGGCCACAAACAAGGCACCAAGCAAUCGAAAAGAUUUGCACUCUCUCUAGAAAGGAGUGACCGAAUCCCCCCUGCCACCAUCUCUGUCCCGCCUGCCUGGGAACAGCUGCUUCUCACAAAAAUGGAGCUGCCCCUUGAACGAACUGCCCAACUGUGGUUCUGAGGCCUGGUUUCCUCUUAACUAAUCUACGGACUCCUCGGACCUUAAACCUUUUCCUGAGCAUUCUUCACUGCACUGGAGUUCCAAGUCCCUUUAAGUUGUGUGUUAUUCGGGGUGGGGGGCUGCGGGUUUGGUUGGUUAGUUUUUUGUUUUGUUUUGUUUUGUUUUUGCUAAAUGGUGCAUUAUUCAGGUACCACCUUCGUCG